UGGACAUAUAAUAUAUUAAGUGCCAAUGAAAGAAACUUCUUGCAGCAUUUCAUUUUCUACUUAAAGUCGAACAGCUUACGACGUGCGGAUCACUCGUCGCCGGAUUACAAUUACUUUCAUUCUAACCAGAAACUUCAAAAUGUUUGAGGACAAAGUAAUCAACUCCACUCGCAGAUUGUGAUGGAUGUCUGCGUAUGACGUAAAAAAGCGACAAAAAUACGAGGUGAAACGUACGAGAUAGAGAACAUUUACGAAGGAAAGAAGAAAAAAAAACAACAUCGAGACAGUGGUUGAAGUUCAAAAUAUGAGUAUUGUAGCAGUGGUUUUGCUGUCAGUUCUGGACGUAUUCGCUGCCCUAACCAACACCGCUAUCCUAUGCCUUGUACUGCCAAGAACAUGUAUGCGUACAGUCAGUAAUUUAUUUCUCGUAGGUCUGUCAUUGACACAGUUUUUGAUGACGGUCUUAGUGAUUCCAUUUUCGAUAGUCACCCUCUCGCAACAGUCAUGGCAGUUUGGUGAAGGAUUUUGCCAAUUUCAGGGAUUUUUUACUAUUUUUCUCUCCAUUUCCUCUGCCACAUUCAUUUCUGUUAUUGCAGUGGACAGAUAUUUUUCACUGGCUAACCCGAUGAGCCAUACUGCCAGAGUUACAUCGACACAUGUCCUCUUCACUUCGAUAUUCAACUGGUUUCGCGCUGCGUUUUGGGCAGCUUUUCCUCUUUUCGGCAUCGAUGGACUCAAGUACAAAUUUGUUCCUUCGAUAAAUGGCUGCAGAUUCCGUUUGGAUCUUAAAGGCUCGUACUCUAUUUACUAUUAUUUUAUCGCCAUGGAGAGUUUCCUUCUCACGUUCUUCACAAUGUGUAUAAUGUAUUUCAAGAGCUUUCAAACCGCGCGCAAUAGCGCUCGUCAAGUUCGACCAGGAAAUAUACAAAUCCAGGUUUUACAGAAUGGCGAAUUCACUUCGGUAGCACAAACAAAAAACAGUUUUCAAAGUUUGAAAGCGAAUGUUACCUUGGCACUAAUCAUUGGGUCUUUUUUGCUGACGAGAGGUCCGCUGGCGAUUUUCAACAUCGUCACCAGCUUCACUAGUGAAGGAUAUUUUUCCGCCGGUACGGAAACGACUGUGUAUUUUAUGGUAUUUUUAGGGCCAUUACUAGAUUCCCUUGUGUAUGUUUUGCUCAACCGAAAGCUGCGAAAAGAGGUUUUUCUUAUUCUGCGCAAGUGUGUCAAAAAAAGAUCGGUUGAAGAAGAACCCAAAGACAUUGUCGAUUAUUUGAGGACGCUAACUGAUAACUAUGUUUCUACGAGAAAUUCAUCCACAGAAAUCAGUUGAGAAACCGUGAAAGACUGAUGAAGAUGCAAUCGAAAAAUCCAUUUGGUCUAAAUGAACCUAACAUCUUCAGUAAAUCUCAAGAUUAGAAUUAAGCAAAAAACAGCGAUAGGAAAUCAGUAAUGCCAUUAAAAUAAGGGCGAGAAAGAAAUUUAUAUUCCUAGAUUACAUGCUUUUUUCUUUAUCUAUUUUAAAUUGUGUUUCAACAGCAAACUAUAAAAUUUAUCAUAUCCUAUUCUUAUGUUAAUAUGCCUCCUCGAUUUUCUAUUUCAAAAUAGUUAAAUCCAGUGAAAUGGAAAGAUUAAAAGCUUGCCUGUUCGCGUAUGCGGGAAAGCUUCUAAAUGUUUUGCAUAAUUGUGAAAAAGGAAAUGUGAUAAUCCCCGGCUAUUACCGAGAAAACUCUGCUUGUAAAUAUGUGAAUUACUGUUAGGUUCUAUAGCGAAACAUCUUUAGAGAUUUAUGAGAAGUUCAUAGAUUACUUCUUGAAAAUUUCCUGAGUACGGAUAGUAAGAUUGACAUUUUAAUGAUCAGUCUUUGAAUAAUAUCGCUUUAAUCUUGCACAGGCCUUUCAGGCGCACAUUAAUUCAUAAUUCCGGUUUCGAUUUUUCAAACCGGACUCAAACAGCUGGGAAUGAAUUUUAUUUUUUGAUGAAAUCAGUAGCGAAUAAAAUUUACCGCCUAUAUAUAUAAGGCAUAGCAAUCAUCAGUGAAACAUUAAUUAUACGAGAAAAUCAAUUUGUUUUUACGCGCAUUUUUGAGUGUACAAAUUAAUCUGUUGAUUGUAUCAGGUCGGUGACAUGUACAAAUCCGGCCAACGUUUUCUCGUUGUGCGAUCUUGCUUCAGACAAGUGUUUACCCUGGUCAAAUUUAGUGACAUGUUCUUGGCUUAAAAAUGUCAAUUCUGUGUAAAUGCAUCAACAUGUAGUCUAUAUUUCAAGGCGAUUUCCUGUGAAAUCUCAGACAAUUCAGUUUACUGUCUGAGUUCCAAAUAAGUUUUCAAGUUGUUUCCAGAACCUAAUGUUCUAAAAUAGCAUACGCAUUUAAUCCUAAUUCGACUAAUGUGGGCAGUUGAAUAAAAUAUGAACAAAAUUCUUGCAAACAUAAUUAAUCGUCUUUGUUCUUGGGGAUCGAGCUACUGUAAAUUGCGGUUGUUUCAAACCAAAGAAGGAAAUAAUAAACAAUUAAAAAAAA